AUGCAGAGACACGAGAUCCCAGGGAAUUUGGAAUCUAUCAAGCAGCUUCAAGGAGAAUUUAAUAAACUCCUCGAAAUGGAGGAUGUCAAGUGGCGUCGAAGAGCAAAGAGGAAUUGGUUCAUAAAAGGGGACCGUAAUACUCAGAUUUUCCAUGCAUGGGCCAACCAACGCCGAAGAUCUAACUUCAUUGGAUCAAUAAGUGAUUUGGAAGGACAAGAGUGGACCCGACCUGAGGAGGUGGGAAAUGCUUUUACUAGGUAUUUUCAGAAUCUCUUUGAUACUGAAGGAGUGUCAGGAAUUGAGGAGUACAUCUCGGCUGUACAAGCACGGGUAAAGCCAGAGUUGAAUGCAAUGCUUACUAGCGAAUUCACACAUGAAGAGGUCAAUACAGAUUUGUCCCAGAUGCAUGCUUUGAAGUCACCGGGCCCGAAUGGAUUUGGAGUAAGCUUCUAUCAGCAUCAUUGGGGUACCAUUGGGGUUAAGCAUCAAAGUGCUUUUGUGCCGGGUUGGCUUAAUACAGACAAUAUUUUGAUUGCCUAUGAAGCUCUUCAUACCAUGAAUUCUAGGAUGACUGGGAAGAAGGGUUUUAUGGCGGUAAAGAUUGACAUACGGAAGGCAUAUGAUAGGGUGGAGUGGCCUUUUCUUGAGGCUAUGAUGCGAACAAUGGAGUUCGAAGAAAGGUGGAUCACCCUUAUUAUGACAUGUGUUAGAAGUGUGACAUAUUCGGUCUUGGUAAACGGCCAGCCGUAUGGGAAGAUAGUUCCAUCUCGGGGAUUGCGACAAGGGGACCCUUUGUCGCCCUAUCUCUUUUUAAUUGUAGCGGAGGGGUUAAGCUCUUUGAUGGCAAGGGUAGAAGUUGAAAACCGCAUCACAGGAGUUCCAAUAGCAGCAGGUGGCUUUCGCUUGAGUCACUUAUUUUUUGCGGAUGACUCUCUUCUUUUUUGCAGGGCCAAUUUUCCGGAGUGGUCAAACCUUUUUCAAGUUUUACAAACCUAUGAGAGAGCAUCUGGCCAACAAUUGAACGUGGCAAAAACAUCCGUUUUUUUUAGUCGAAACACUCGAGAGGAAUUUAAAGGUUUCUUCCAGAAAUCAGUGGGGUUGGCCACAACGACCGGCUUUGAGAAGUACCUAGGCCUCCCGACCUUGGUGGGUAGAUCUAAGAGGCGGACAUUCGUUAACAUAUGCAGUAGGGUGAAGGCAAGAUUGGAUGGGUGGAAGGAGAAGAUCCUAUCCCAGGCGGGGAAGGAAAUUUUAAUAAAAGCGGUGAUCCAAGCUUUGCCUACUUACUGUAUGAGCGUUUUUAGGCUACAGCAAUCCCUGUGUAAAUCCCUUAUCUCUCUUAUUAGCCAAUUUUGGUGGGGACAUAAAACCAAUCAAGGACAAGUCCAUUGGAUGAGUUGGGAACGAAUGGGAGCACCAAAAAAUAAGGGAGGGAUGGGAUUCAGAGAUUUGGAGGUUUCUAAUUUGGCGUUGCUUGCAAAACAAGGGUGGCAGAUUCUCACAAAUCCGUCUUCCCAUGUAGCACGUGUAAUGAAAGAGAAGUACUAUCCUCGGGUAGAAUUCAUGGAGACUACUGUGGGAAGGAGACCAUCCUUCGUGUGGAGCAGUAUUAUCAAGGCCAAGCAUCUACUGCUGAAUGGAAUGGGGUGGAGAGUAGGAAAUGGAGAAAAUAUUAAAAUCUGGGGGGACAUAUGGCUACCUCCCCCUAAUGCUAGACUUCUCCCUCCAUCACAAGCUGUUUUGCACCCUGAAGCUAGAGUCAAAAUGCUGAUUGAUCCAGUUACCGAUUGGUGGGAUUUCAAUCUAGUGCGAAGUCUGUUUGACCCAGGUGAUGUGGCUAAAAUUGGUAGUGUGAUGCUUAGUCCUUUGAAUCAGGAGGAUAAAAUUAUUUGGAGAGGUACCACAGCAGGCACUUUCACAGUGAGAAGCGCUUAUUAUAUGGAACUGUACAGGCAGGCUCAAGAUAGAGGAGAGGGAUCGGGUGCAAAUGACUAUGUUGAGGUUUGGAAGACAAUUUGGGGUAUGCAUGCCCCACCUGUGCUUAAAAACUUUUGCUGGAAAGUUUGUAUCAAUCUCCUCCCCACCAAGGCUAAUUUGCAUAAAAAGAAGAUAGUUGAUGACCCUUUGUGCCCUUUCUACACAGGCGAACCCGAAACUGUUUUCCACAGCAUUUGGGGGUGUCCAGCUGCUAUUGCAGUUUGGCAGGAGGGGAAAAGAGGUUUCAGAAAAUGUCUUGUACUUUAA